AUGCAUUUUAACCCCACCACUCUCUUGACCCUCAGUCUCGCCGCCACCGGAGCUCUUGCCGGGCCUCAUCGUCGCAGGGCGUGCAAAGCCCAGCCUCCUAAGGGCUUCGUCACGGUCAAGGAUGGCAAGUUCCAGCUCGAUGGCAAGGACUUCUACUUUGCGGGAAGCAAUGCUUACUACUUCCCCUUCUCUGGCACUCAAGCCGAUGUCGUCAAGGGUCUGACGGCGGCCAAAGAUGCCGGCCUGAAGGUCUUCCGAACCUGGGGCUUCAACGACAAGAACACCACCUACGACCCUAACGGUCUUCCUCAAUACGGCGGCGAGGGUGCGACUACCGAGGUCGUCUUUCAGAGAUGGGACAAUGGCAAGCCGACUAUCAAUAUUGAGGGCUUCGACAAGGUUGUUGACGCCGCCACCGAGGUCGGAAUCAAGCUCAUCGUUGCCCUCACCAACAAUUGGGCAGACUAUGGUGGUAUGGACAUGUACACUGUCAACCUUGGAGGCCAGUAUCACGAUGAUUUCUACCGCCUGCCCGUGAUCAAGGAUCACUUCAAGGCCUACGUUAAGGAGUUCGUCACCCGCUACAAGGACUCGCCCGCCAUCAUGGCUUGGGAGCUUGCCAACGAACCCCGCUGCGGCGCUGAUGGUACCCGCAACCUCCCCCGCAGCGAAAAUUGCACCGUGGAACUUAUGUCUGGAUGGAUCGACGAAAUAAGCACCUAUAUCAAGAGCAUCGACCCCAACCAUCUUGUCACCUGGGGUGGAGAAGGUGGAUUCAAUGUCGAGUCCGACGACUGGGCCUACAAUGGUGCCGACGGUGGUGACUUCGACCAUGAGAUCAGCCUCAAAAAUAUCGACUUUGGCGUCUUCCACUCCUACCCCGACUGGUGGAGCAAGACCGUCGAGUGGACCAAUCAGUGGAUCCACGACCACGCUGAGUCCGCAAGGAAGGCUGGCAAGCCAGUGGUUCACGAGGAGUACGGGUGGAUGACUCCCGAGGCUCGCCAGGAAACCCUGGGCCAAACCCGUAACGAGACUAGGCUCGAAGUUGUCGGUGGAUGGCAGGAGAUUUCCGUCGAGGAGAAGGUCCCCGACAUGUACUGGCAGUACGGAUACUCUGAGUACUCUUUUGGCCGGAACCACAAUGACGGUUUCACCAUCUACCUUGAUGAUGAGGAGGCCAAGACUCUCGUUUACGAGCAUGCUGAGAAGAUGAAUGCCCUCAACGGAGAGUAA